UUCUUGGGCGAGUUGGCAGAUAAGAAAAGUGGUACAAGGACGACUGAAGUGAACAUGGCCCCCAGCACGCAACGGAAUGAAGUUGUGUCCGACGUAAAAAAGGGAAUUCGGGCAAUCCUGCUCGGACCCCCUGGUGCUGGGAAAGGAACACAGGCUCCUCGGUUGGCAGAGCAGUACUGUGUGUGUCAUCUGGCCACGGGGGACAUGCUGAGGGCCAUGGUGGCGUCUGGCUCUGGGCUCGGCAAGAGGCUCAAGGAGACCAUGGAUGCUGGGAAACUGGUCAGUGAUGAGAUGGUGGUAGAACUCAUAGAAAAGAACCUGAACACGCCUCCCUGUAAGAAGGGGUUCCUAUUGGAUGGAUUCCCCCGCACAGUGAAACAAGCAGAGAUGCUGGAUGACUUGCUGGAGAAGCGCACAGAGAAGCUGGACUCUGUGAUCGAGUUCUCAGUCGACGACUCCCUACUGGUGCGCAGGAUCUGUGGCAGACUAAUUCACCAGCCUAGCGGUCGCUCCUACCACGAGGAGUUCAACCCACCCAAAGAGCCAAUGAAGGACGACGUGACAGGGGAGCCGCUGAUGCGCCGCAGCGACGACAAUGCGUCGACGCUGCGCUCACGGCUGGAGGCCUACCACGGGCAGACGGUGCCCCUGGUCAAAUACUACAGUGCCCGCGGCCUGCACAAGGCAGUCGACGCCGGCCAGUCCCCCGACGUCGUCUUCGCCUCCAUCCUCGCCGCCUUCUCCUCGGCCGCAGCCGCCACCUGUAAAGACCCGGUGCUCUUCGUCUAAGCUCCCUCUUCCUUUUCUGUCUCUCCUUCACGCUCCUGUCGUCUAGCUUUCCAACUCUCCUUUUUGAAUCUUUCUCUCUCGGGACUAGUCUGUGCUCCGCUCUCCUGCCCCUCUUCGUCUCUCUGCUCUCCACUUUCUUCAUUCUGUGGUGGGGUGUCUCUACCUUGUACUUGAAUGCUCUCCACUACUGGGACUUGAAUAGACUUCUCCUGGAAACUACAGAGACUGGACUAGCUGGUUAUAAUGGAGUGUAUUUUCCCCUUGGGCCAGGUAUACAUAUCAGUGGUAAUCAAAGGCAUGUUUCUUUGUCACAUUCUUUGUAAACAGGUGUAGACUAACAGUGAAAUGCUUACUUACGGGCGCUUCCCAAUAAUGCAGAGGAAAAAAAAGAUGAAUAAUAACACAAGGACUAAAUACACAAUUACUAACGAUAACGUGGCUAUAUACACAUGUCUAUAUAAUGUAGCUUCAGUGAUGGUCCCUGUCCUUGGAUUAAAUUGAGGAAGCAGUUGG